AUGGCCCUGACGAACCGCACCACCACCACCCGCCGCGGGUUCACCUACGCAUACUACUUCUCCCCCGCAACCGCCGGCAAGCCGACGCUGCUCUUCGCGCACGGCUUCCCGACGCCCGCCUACGUGUGGCGCCGCCAGAUCGCAUUCUUCGAGCCACUGGGCUUCGGCGUCGUCGCGCCAGACAUGCUCGGCUACGGCGGGACGGACAAGCCGGUCGACCCGGUGGCCUAUCUCGGCAGCGGGCUCGCACAGGACAUCGCGGAUGUUUUGGAUAAGGAGGGCAUCGAGCAGGUGAUCGCGGUGGGACAUGACUGGGGAACACGCGUGGUAUCGCGCUUGUACAACUACCACCCGGAGCGCGUGCUCGGGUGCGCGUUCCUCGCGUCGGGCUACGGCCCGCCCGCCUCCGUGUACGCCGACCCGAUCGCGCAGUCGGAGCAGAUUGCGGCCGCCGUGGGGUACGACAUCGUCGCGUACAUGAGGUACUUUGUCGAGUCGGAUGCCCAUGUGCUCAUGGAGAAGAAUUUCGACUCGUUCUUCAGCCUGCUGUUCCCCAUCCAGAGCGACAAGGAGCAGAUCUGGCGGGAAAAUAUGUGUGUCGAUGGGAAAGCCAAGGCGUGGAUCGAGUCAAACCGGACAACAGAACUCCCGCCGUAUAUCAGCGCCGAGGACAAAGCAUACUACACCACCGCCCUCUCCUCCGCGCUCGCCGCGCCGCUCUGCUGGUACCGCGGGCUAACCACGCCCGAACAUGCCGCAGACGACGCGCGCAUCCCCGCCGAGCGGCACACGCUCGACCGGCCCGUGCUCUUCGUGGCCUUUAACGGCGACCCAAUCGCGAUCCCCGCGUUUGGCCGCGCCACACAUGCGCAGUACGUCCCCGUCGCCAAGAACACAGAGAAGAGCGUCGACGGCGACCAUUGGGCGCUGCUGUCGCAUGCGGACGAAGUGAAUAAGCUGGUGCUGGAGUGGCUCAAGACACAGGGGUGGGCAUCGUGA